GCACGAGCCAGGGCCAUGCCCAUCCAUCCGACUGCCAUCGCCACUUCCGUCGCAACUACUCCCCCCUUUCGCAAACCAAAAUGCUCGCUCGCUCGCUAUAAAAAUCACCCCCGCACUGAAUCCACCGGUACUUCCUCCUCCCUCGAUCCCCCGAUUCUAUCUUCCGAGUCACGCUCGUCCGCUCGUCCGCAGGCGAAACCCGAGUCUCCCCGAAUGGGCAAGAAGAAGGGCAACAAGGGAGGUGGCGACGCGAAGCAGGAGGCGAAGAGCAAAGGAGGGGAGGUGGAGAACAAGAAGAAGGAAGGCGAGGAUGGCUUCACGGUGGUCCUGAAGAUGGACAUGCACUGCGGGGGUUGCGCCGACAAGAUCGUCAAAAGGGCCAAGAAUGUCAAGGGGGUGGAGAAGGCGAAGGCAGAGUGGGAGGCGAACAAGCUGACGGUGCGGGGGGAGAUGGACCCGUGGGAGCUUCGGGAGGAGCUGGAGGGGAAGACGAAGAAGAAGGUGGAGGUGGUGUCGCCUCAGCUGCCCAAGAAGGACAAGGACAAGGACAAGGACAGCAAAUCGUCGGCAUCUCCGGACGGCAACAACAAGAAGGCCAAAGAUAAAAAGGCCGAGGACAAGAAACCCAAAGAGCCUCCGGUGAGCACGGCGGUUCUGAAGCUGGAAUUGCACUGCGCGGGGUGCAUCGACAAGAUUUACAAAACCGCCACGAAAGUCAAAGGAGUACAAAACAUUCAAUUUGACAAGGAGAAGGAUUUGGUCGCGGUGACGGGCACGAUGGACGCGAAGGCCCUCAUGGAGAGUUUGAAGGAGAAGAUGAAGAGGCCGGUCGAAGCCGUCCAACCGAAGAAAGACAAGGAUGGAGGAGGAGGCGGCGGCGGCGGCGGCAGCGGGGGCGAGGGUGGAGGAAAGAAGAACAAGAAAGGCGGAGGGAAUGCGGGUAAGGAAGGAGGGGAUGACGGCGGCCAUGAUGGGGUGGAGGAGAGCUAUGGCAUACCUGGAGAGUAUUUCGGAGGGAGCAGAAUGGAGUACUACGGAUUACCGCCUGGUUACGGCUACAAUUACGCGUAUAUGUAUGGGAACCACUUGCACGCGCCUCAGAUGUUCAGCGACGAGAACCCGAAUGCAUGUCACAUCAUGUGAUGUCCUUGAAUCGAAUUAUGAUGUCACUCGAGCUAGUGCUUAUCAUACAUGUGAUAUGUUUGGAAGCAGGUAUUUGGAAAUUACUGUAUAUACGAGGAGAAUAGAGAGGCAGAGAAAUUUUAGAAAGGUAAGAUGGUGGUGGUGGGGUUGACUUUAUUAAUAUCUUUUGUGGGUAAGGGUUGACUUUUCAAGACUAGUUUUGUCAAUUAAGUUUGAUUCGGACUAUGGUUAUGGAGAAUUGAAUUUUUGUUUUUUCUUCCUUAGUUUUUGGUACCUUUUUGGCUCCUCUUUGUUCAUUCGUCUUGAAUUGGAUCUUUUCUUCGUUAGUUUUUGGUA